AUGAACUCUUCCCUGGGCUUAGUGACUGUGGUACUCUUUGUGCUUGGACGAACCCAUGGAGACUCGGUGACCCAGACAAAAGGCCAAGUGACCCUCUCAGAAGGGGCUCCCCUGACUGUGAACUGCUCCUAUGAAACCACAUGGUACCCUGCUCUUCUCUGGUAUGUUCAGUAUCCCGGAGAAGGUCCACAGCUCCUCUUGAAAGCCACAAGGAUCAAUGAGAACGGAAGCAGCAAAGGAUUUGUAGCCACAUACCGAAAACAACCAAAUGCCUUCCACUUGGAGAAAGCCUCAGUUUGCCAGUCAGAUUCUGCCAUGUACUACUGUGUGCUGAGUGACACAGUGACAGAUACUGCAGGGGGAGCUGAGCACAAAGUCUGA